AUGCCGCCUCAGGGCGGUAGAACGAACCAUCCCGUUCCUGGUGAGACAAGCUUCCCGGCAUUGGGUUUAUUGCCCAAGGCUAACGAUGAACGUUUUCUCGUAUUGGAACGCACGGAUGACGGUCAAACACUGGAGAAAAUUUCACCGUUUCUGAUUGAUAAAACCAUCAGAAACUGUUGUGGAGACGUCACCAGUAUAAAACGAAUUCGAGAGGGUAAAAUCCUAAUUAAAGCGAAAAAUGAGAAGCAAGCACGGCAGUUACUGAAACUAAAAUGCAUUAUCGCUGGAAUAAACGUAGUAGUGAAAGAACAUGAUACGCUAAAUACAUGUCGCGCAGUAAUUACGUGCCGAGACCUUUUAGAAAUGAAGGACGAAGAAAUCUUAGAGGAAAUGAAGAGCGAGAAAGUUAUCAAAGUUGAACGCAUCAUGAAAAAAAUCGACGGUGUCCUUACCAAACCUUCAUCCUUAAUUCUAACUAUCUCAACCGCCUUGCGUCCAGAUAAAAUAAAGGUUGGCUUUUUAUAUGUGCCGACUCGACCAUAUUAUCCAAGACCUAUGCGCUGCUUCCAAUGCCUUCGAUACGGACAUCUUGGACGAGAUUGUAAAGCAGAAAAAACAUGUGUGAAUUGUGGAGACAACUUUCACGGUGACGAUUGCACCAAAAAAGCGAAAUGCGUUAAUUGUCAAAAGCCUCAUAAAGCAACAAGUCCUGACUGUGAUAUGUGGAGAAAAGAAACUGCAAUUAUUCAUUUGCGAAUUGAUAAUAACAUACCCUACCGAGAUGCUAGAAAGUUGUAUGAACAAAACCAAACGCAAUUAAGUUACGCCUCUACAACAGCGCUAGGUGCUGAUGGAUGCAAAUGCAAAUGCACAUGCAAUAAAACCCCAGAGAAUUUUAGAACAACCGAAGUUGUGUCGGUCACACCGCAACCCAUCCAGAACAUCCCAGAGCCAACUGGAAUUACGGAUAUCGCUGACGAAGAGAGAACUACCACGAAUACCGCCAAAUCACAAGCCAGCAUGAGUGAAGAUAACACCCCACCACCACCGAAACAGAAAAAAACCAAAACAGUUAUGAAAACUAGAACGGAGAAUAAUUUUAAAGACAACUGCAGCCAAAAGAAGUACAUAACGACCCAGCGAUACAGGAGAAAAUCCGGUAGACCUAGGAAACAACCGCAAAAACUUACACAGGAUACCACUGAGCCAGAAGAAGAAACUAGCGAGAUUGACAUGGUCUAA